AUGGGCUUCUUCUCCAACUUUGUUGCGCUGAGCGCGCUGAAUACCCUAGCCACGGCUCGGCUGCCGACAACCAACAAGCAGAUCACAGGGAGUGAUGGUCGGGAUCUGUUCUCAACCUCUAAUGGCAAGAUCCGCGGCGUCAACCUGGGCUCACAGUUCAUUUUUGAGUCCUGGCGCGGCGAGAGUGUCUGGAGCGAGAUGGGCUGCGGUGGCACCAAGUCGGAGUUUGACUGCGUGAGCUUGCUCGGCCAGGAGGCUGCCAACCUCGCCUUCCAGAAGCACUGGGAUAGCUGGAUUACCCAGGACGACAUCGCCGAGACGGUCAGCUACGGCCUGAAUACUAUCCGUGUGCCUGUUGGGUACUGGCUCCGCGUGGACUUGGUCUAUUCGGACAGCGAGUAUUUUCCCCAGGGUGGUCUCGACUAUGUCAAGAGACUGUGCGGCUGGGCCAGUGAUGCCGGCAUGUACAUCAUCAUGGACCUGCACAGUACCCCUAGGGCCCAGACUCCGAAAAAUGCCCUUACUGGCCAGUAUGCCUCCGAUGCGGGCUUCUAUAUCGACUACCAGUACGAGCGUGCUUUGCAGUUCCUGGAAUGGAUGAGUGGUCUGAUUCAUUCCACCAAUGAGUUCCGCAACGUGCGCAAUGCUCGAGAACCUCAACGAACCCCUGCAUACAUUGAUAACCUGUACUAUGCGGCCUAUGAUGACCACCGGUACCUAAAGUGGGACACGAGUGUCGAUGUCAGCCACGACAGCUACAUCAGAGAGUCCUGCAACAGCAACAACCGCGACCGAGACACUCCCACAAUCUCCUCUGAUUGGGACCCGAGCUCGAACACUGACUUCUACGAGACGUGGUUUGCUGCGCAGGCGCAUUCGUACGAGAAGCUGCAGGGCUGGGUGUUCUGGAAUUGGAAGGCUCAGCUUAAUGAUUACCGUUGGUCUUACCAGGAUGCUGUCAAGAGCGGGGUGAUUCCCAAGGACCUCAACUUGCUGGAGAGGGUUUGCCAAACUCAUUCCGGCAAUCUUCUCGAAGGCAUAUGGGUGCGAGUUGUCUUGUAA